ACCCCGCCCCUCCCUCCGCGGCGCCUGCUCCGUGGAGCUAGCGAGCCGGCAGCUUGGCAGAGCGAGCCGAGCCUCGGCGUGCCGCGGGACCUCACUGCCUAGAGGUUCGCUGCCGCCCCGCGCGCCGAGACCCGCCAUCCCAGAUCCCGACUCCCUUUGGCUCGGCCCGCGCGCCCCACGCCCGGCUCGGGCGGCGGGACGGGAGGAUGAGCGGCGGGCGGCGGAAGGAGGAGCCGCCUCAGCCGCAGCUGGCCAACGGGGCCCUCAAGGUGUCCGUGUGGAGCAAGGUGCUGCGGAGCGACGCGGCCUGGGACGACAAGGAUGAAUUUUUAGAUGUGAUCUACUGGUUCCGACAGAUCAUCGCUGUGGUCUUGGGGGUCAUUUGGGGCGUUUUGCCCUUGCGAGGCUUCUUGGGAAUAGCAGGGUUCUGCCUGAUCAAUGCAGGAGUCCUGUAUCUCUACUUCAGUAACUACCUACAAAUCGACGAGGAGGAGUAUGGGGGCACUUGGGAGCUCACCAAGGAAGGCUUUAUGACAUCAUUUGCCUUGUUCAUGGUCAUUUGGAUCAUCUUUUACACUGCCAUCCACUAUGACUGAUGGCAUUUGCUCCCAUCUCUUCUGUCCAGUCCAAAGGACCCUUUUUUUACAGCACAGAUACAUGCUUAUUGAGGCACUCCUGCCGUGUGGAACCGAGAAGACCCACAUCUCCUGGACUUAGAAUCAGCGUGUUGGGCAUCAGUGCUUACUGCAAGGGUUGUGAAACUUUUCAAAGAACCAUCCGCCUUUGGGGAAGCAUUUCUGAAUUUGUCCAUCGUCAACUAUUUUUUUCUUGGAUACCAUCAUGUAACAGCUGUUUGCCAAGUGGAGCUGCUGUUGAAUUUGAUGCGCCUCUGGAUCCGGAUGAAACAUUGUCUUCCUUGGUUCUCCGUCAGGUGUACAGUUUUUAAACCAUCACUGCAUCUCAAGUCUUCUGAAAACACCAUGUGUGUGGUCCAUGGUACAAUACAAGCAGCCAUCUAAUAAGUUUCCAUUGUAGGAUGUUUUCAGAUACUUGAAUAAACAGAUCUUUAACUGAAA